GUUCAAAGGCAGAUGUAACUCCCUUCUGGGAUCAGCCUGCUCACCCACCUUCUCUUCAUACUGUGAGGCCUUUGAUACUCUUUGUCCUUUUAUUUCUCGAGGACUUCACUUCAGUUGCUUCUGCCAAAGCCACUUGCCUGGCUGCUUUGAAAACAGCAGCACAAACUCAUGAUGUUCGAAGUGAAGAGAUUACAUCCCUUCGUUUAGAAGCUGAGAGUGCAAGGGAUGAGGCAACAUCUGCAAUGGAACAGCUCCAUGAAGCUGAAUGUGAAAUUAAAUCCCUUCGAACAAUGACACAGAGAAUGAUACUGACUCAAGAAGAGAUGGAGGAGGUUGUUCUUAAAAGGUGCUGGCUUGCCCGGUAUUGGAACUUAUGUGUUCGACAUGGCAUCCAUGCAGAAAUUGCUGGAGCAAAACAUGAAUAUUGGUCCUCCUUAGCCCCUCUUCCUCUUGAAGUUGUGUUGUCUGCUGGACAGAAAGCUAAAGAGGAAAAUCCGACAGAGAAAACAGAUGCAGAGGAAAGGGAUAAAAUUCCUCAUAGCCUAAGUGACCUUUCUGGAGAUGGGAACAUUGAGAGCAUGCUUUUAGUUGAAAAAGGAAUGCGUGAACUAGCUUCACUAAAGGUGGAGGAUGCUGUACUGCUUGCAAUGGCACAAAAUCGACGCCCACAUUUUCUGAAGUUUGAUAAUCAUGUCUCAGAUGCAGAUCACUUGAAGAUUCAAGAUGAAGGUCAGAUAGAAGCGUUUGAGUUGAGCCAGGAGGAGUCUGAAGAUGUGAUUUUCAAGCAGGCUUGGCUUACAUAUUUCUGGAGAAGAGCAAAAAAUCAUGGGCUGGAACAGGACAUUGCAGAUGAGCAUUUGCAAUUCUGGAUCAACCACAGUUCUCGGUCACCAACGUCACAUGAUGCUGUUGAUGUUGAGAGAGGUAUGGUGGAGCUCAGGAAAUUAGGAAUUGAGACCCAAUUGUGGGAAGAGUCUCGUAAAUGGAUUGACCAAGAUGUUGUCCAUCCUAAAAUGCAAAUAGGGUCCGAGUUAUGAGACAACAUACAGAUGAGUGGAUCUUCUCAUUUUCAUUAUUAUUAUUUUUGGAAUAUCCUCUCCACUGCUAGUUAUGUUAGUUAUUGCAUCUGUGCCUAUGGCAGAGCUGAUUUUUUUUUUUUUUUUAAUUCCUUUGUUAUACCAUACAUAAACAUUGUGUAAGUUCUCUCAUCAAUAUAUGUUUAAACAUGCCUUACUGAAGUUCUUAUGAGUGGUAAUGGAAACUACUCUGUCAACCAUGUAUAUGAAACUCAAUAUUUGAUGAAGUUCUAUUUA